GACAGCUUUUGAUUUAUUUUAAUUUUUAUGAACUGUCAAAUAAUAAAUUUAGCCAAAAACUUUAGAAAAGUAAAAUUUGGAGAAGAAAAAUUAGAAAUAGAUAAAUUAUUUUUAAUCAGAAAUGGAGUGCAUAGGAAGUGAGAGUGAUAAUGUUGAAAAUGUGGAAACAAAAGGUAGUGAGACUUGCACCAAAGAAGUAAAAAGUGAUAUAGAAAGUGAUAAGCCAACAGACAAUUCUCUUGGAGAUACAUCACAGUCUACAGCUUGUAAAAUAUCAGAAAGUGCAGAAGAAGCUUCAGUUGGACAGGCAAAUGGUGCACCACAAGAAACAUUAGAAGUGAAAGUAAUUUAUAACAAAAAGAAAUAUGAUGUCAAUGUAUCAACAGAUUUAGCAAUACCCGAAUUUAAAAAACAAUUACAGGGUUUAUUAGGAGUGCCAGCCUCUAUGCAGAAAUUAAUGUACAAGGGUUUACUGCAGGAUAAUCAAACUAUUUCAAGUUCAGGAAUAACCAAAGGGUCAAAAAUUAUGUUAGUAGGAUCCACAUUAAAUGAUGUUUUAGCUGUGUCAUCAGUAUCUAAACAAGAUGUUGCAGAAAUGGAAAAAGCUGCUACGGCAAAAGAACCACUUUGUAAACAAAAAAUUCAUAGGAAGGUUUUAGAUAAAGGAAUACCUGAAGAUGCUAUGCCUGGUAUUAAAAAUUUAAAGGAGGGUCUACCACCUGUUCCUUUAUCAGGAAUGUUAAAUAAACAUGGAGGAAAGGUUAGAUUGACAUUUAAAUUAGAAAAUGAUCAAUUAUGGCUUAGUACAAAGGAACGUACAGAAAAACUACCAAUGGGUUCUAUAAAAGGUGUUGUUUCAGAGCCAAUAGAGGGACACGAAGAAUAUCAUUUAAUGGGAUUACAAUUAGGACCGACAGAAGCCUCCAGGUAUUGGAUAUAUUGGGUGCCAGCUCAGUACGUCGAAGCUGUCAAAGAUGCUAUCCUAGGAAAGUGGCAGUUUUUCUAAACUGUUAAUGGAUUGCCGAUGUAUUUUUUCAUUUCUCUGGUUUUUCAGGGUUAUUUUUAAAAGUCUCGAAAUAUACUUAUUUAUAUUGUGUGACAAAGAAAAGAAUGUUUGAUCGGCCAGAGCCAUAUGCAUUUUCGUGUCUUAUUCUUUUCUUUUCUAAAGGAAACUGUACUAAGAAUAGUAUGAUAUUGUAUUAAUACUUUCACUUAAAUUUGUACAUGUUUUUUCAACCAUUUGACAAGUAUUACAGUGAAAAAUUAC